UUUGCCAGUAUGUUCGUGGCAAUUUAAAACGAAAACGAGAAAAAAAACAAAAUUGUCUCAUCAUUUCUCAUUCUCAGAUUUCUCACUUUUGUGUUGAGUUACUGAAAUUGAUUUUAUAGUAAAAGAAAAGCUAUUUAAGUACCAUGUCUGCAACUGCUUUAUUUGGGAAUACUUCGGGUCUUGGAGGUAGUUCAGGCGGAAAUAAACAUAUUGUUGAGUUUCGUGCUGGUAGGAUGACCCUUAAAGGACGUAUGGUUCAUCCUGACAAAAGAAAAGGCUUAUUAUAUGUUUAUCAAGGCGAAGACUCGUUGAUGCAUUUUUGUUGGAAAGAUCGUACAACCGGAGAAGUAGAAGACGAUCUCUUAAUAUUUCCUGAUGAUUGUGAAUUUGUUCGAGUAAACGAGUGUACUACAGGAAGGGUUUAUGUACUGAAGUUCAAGUCUUUUUCUAAGAAAUAUUUCUUUUGGUUACAGGAACCUAAAACCGAUAAGGAUGAUGAUUAUUGCCGCCGUAUUAAUGAAGCUCUAAAUAAUCCACCAACAUCAGGCGGGCGAGGUGGUGGUAGUACUGGUGGACAAGAUGGAGAGAUUCAGAAUCUUUUGAAUAACAUGUCACAGCAACAGCUGAUGCAACUAUUUGGAGGUGUUGGUCAGAUUGGUGGUUUGUCUUCGCUUCUUGGCACUAUGGGCAACAACAGCAGCAGUGGAACAACAGGCAGUCGGGCAUCCGGCAAUAGUGGAAGCAGUUCCCGGGGAGGCAGCGCGUCGCGAACCACGAACGCCGAGACUGCGCGCACGCCGGCUCGGCCGCGCUACGCGCCAGCACCCACCGCCACGCCUCCCAACACCGCCACAGGGACAGCGCCCGCCGCGCCCAGCGCCGCUACCGCCGCCACCACCGCCGCAAGUGCCGCUGGUGGACAAAUAUUUCUGUCUGAUUUGCAACGGUACUUCUCCGGCCUGGGCAAUGCACCGCCCGAGGGCGAGGGCGCCGUGAGCGGUUCCGCGGCGCCCCGCGUCGACCUCGGCGCCGCGCUGUCCGCGCCGGAGGUUGUCUCUACGGCCAGCGAGCCGCCCAAUGCGCAGCGCCUGACGCCACACCUGCCGGCGGGGCCCGCUGCCGCCGCCGCCCAGGACGAUGUAAGGACCACACUGCUCUCACCGCAGUUCGCCCAGGCUGCUAAUCAGUUUUCGUCGGCGUUGACCUCGGGACAGAUAGCUCCUGUGAUAUCACAAUUCGGUCUACCGACAGACGUAACGUCGGCGGCAAACAUGGGCGAUAUGCAAGCGUUCUUUAAAGCAUUAGAAAGCGCGUCUGGUUCUGAGAGUUCCAAGUCUCAAGAAGGAGAUAAAAAGAAAGAUAAACCUCAAGAUGAUAAAAAUGACAAGAAAGAUGGUGAUGCCGGAAUGUCUCUGGACUAAAUUAGCCUUUUUUUUUAAUUUGUCUGCCCAUUAUCACACUGGAUAUUCAUAAAAAAAAAGUGAAAUAUCCCUCAAAAAAUUUAAAAAAUAUUAUACAUAAAAAAAACAAUAAAGUACACAAUUUGAAAUAUUCAAGCCAAUUUAUAGAUCGGAAUAUUAAUUUGUUAUAUUAAUAUAUAUGUCAAAUAAAAAUUAUAAUUAAUAACAGACAAUUUAUAUUGUAUGAAACAUUAGUUUUUUCGUAAAAAUAAACAAUGAAAUAAU